AUGGUGGGCGACACCACCAAUACCGAGAACCUAGAGUCUCACCUAGGGACGGUCCUCGAACGGGACAGCGGCAGCGUCGAGUUCGCUAACUGGCCAAAUGCCAAGAUGGAUGUCUUGGCCCUCACUACUUACUUCAGGAUGAUUGGCAGAUCAGGUUACCGCGCGAUGGACAUAAUGGCCAUGACAAAACCAGCCAAGCCAUUCUAUCCGGAGGCGAGAGCACAUCAGAUGGACGAUCCUGGACGCACUGCUGUGCGGCUGAAGGGCAUAUCGUCGUCUCCACAGCUUCAAGACUUCCAUGGGCCGCUUGCUUUGGGCGGAUAUACAGACCUCAGGUGUCAGUAG